AUGGCAAAUAUCGAGAAGCUCCAAUUCCCGGCCUUGGACAUCACUGGUGCUAAUUACAUUUCUUGGACCACGAAUGUCGAACUUCAUUUGGAAUCUCUUGCGUUAUCAGAAACCAUAAAAGAGAACAAUAAGUCGACGGCCCAAGAAAAGGCGAAAUCGGUGAUCUUCCUUAGAAGACACCUAGAUGAGAGCAUCAUAUAUGAUUAUGCACACACGAGGGAUCCCAAAGAGCUCUGGAAGUCUCUGAAAGAUCGGUUUGAUCAUCAGAAAGACAUAACACUUCCACUUGCUCGGGAUGAGUGGCAAAGUCUGAGGUUCCAAGACUUUGACAAAGUGAUUAACUACAAUUCCGCCGUGUUAGGAACUGUGGCCAAACUGAGAUACUGUGGUGAAACCAUAACGGAAGCUCAAAUGCUUGAGAAAACGUACACCACAUUCCACAAGGAUCACAUCACCCUGCAACAACAAUACAGUUGCGGGGAUACACCAAAUUUUCUGAUUUGA